AUCCGGAGCAGCAGCAGCAAGAGGCUUCCAAAACACCAAGUCUGCCAAAGCGAAGGAAACAGAUUGGUGGGGGAACAAAGGAUUGGGUGAAGGUGAAAGAAUGGGUAAAUCCAACCAUCUACCCUGCACGUACCAGAAUGGCAACGAGAAAGCUGCUGAGCUCCACAAGUGGAGGAGCCACAACUGAGCAGCAGGAACAGGCUCAAGGCGAAGAUGCAGUGCUGUUCUUGGGUGAUGACCAAGAGUCAGAUGACGAGGAGCCUGCAUACUGCUUUUACGCACCAAUACAACCUCCGAGCAUGGAUCAUGCGCUAGCCGGGCCUCAACGGGGGAAGUGGCUCGUUUCAAGAGAUGCAGAGUACAACAGCCAGAUGGAGAAUCACACAUGGGACCUGGUGUACUUGCCAAAUGGGAAGAAGGCAAUACAGUGCAAGUGGCUGGCAAAAAUCAAGACGCAUGAGAAAGGAGAGCCAUCAGUUUACAAGAGCAGGCUGGUGGCAAAGGGGUUUCAGCAGAAAGAGAAGGAAGAUUACAAUGAAGUGUUUGCCCCAACUGCUAAGUCUCCAACGCUACGUGUGCUGCUGGCGGUAGCUGCUGUGCGCAAAUGGAAGGUGAAGCAGAUGGACAUCGUAACCGCUUUUCUGUACGGCAUUGUGGAAGAGGAGGUGUACAUGGUUCAACCACCUGGCUAUGAGGAUGGAACCGGUCGUGUCUGCAAACUUAACAAGGCCAUCUAUGGCUUGAAGUAGGCCCCGAGAUGCUGGUACAACAGGCUGGCCAGUGCACUGGAAGGGAUUGGAUUCCGUGCGAGUGCAUGCGACGAGAGCCUAUUCCUGAUGGGAGAGGGGGAGUCACUUGUGCUUCUGCUGGUGUACGUGGAUGACAUCCUGCUCUUCAGCAGCAGUGACAAGGAGAUCGAUGGGGUGCAGCGGAAGCUCACAGAGCAGUUCAAGUGCAAGUCACUUGGAGAGGCAAGGUACUACCUGGGAAUGCACAUUGAGCGGGAUACUGAACGUGGCUGGCUCAAACUGCAUCAGGGACAGUACAUCAACACCUUGGCUGAGAAGUACUCUCUGCAGGAAGAACGGGAAGUGGUCACACCUUUGCCUUCUGAGUUCAAACUCAUAAAGGCAGCUGAAGGAGAAGGAGUUGAGAGUGAAGACCAGAGGCAAUUCCAAUCCAUGGUCGGGAGCCUACUCUACGCUGCUGUGCAUACUCGGCCUGACAUCAGCUUUGCUGUGGGACAGCUGGCUCGAAUAGUGCAAAAUCCAACAGAAGAGCAGUGUGGUGCAGCGGAGAGAGUGGUGCACUACCUCAAGUCAUACCCUACAGUGGGAGUACAGUAUUCAGCCUCUGCUCAACUCAGUCAAAAAGGAAUUGAAGUCCUCAAAGAGAAGGGGGAGCAGCUCGGAGAAGGAAAGGUGUUCCUUUCCUGUUUUGCUGAUGCCACGUGGGCUUCUGAGCAUGAGGAUUCAUCAUCAGUUGGUGGAUACAUCUGCAUGGUGGGAGGUGGGCCUGUGAGUUGGAGGUCCAAGAAGCAGUCUGAGACGGCACUAUCUUCAGUGGAAUCUGAGUACAUGGCGAUGUUUCAUGCGGCAAAAGAAAUCAUCUGGCUAAGGAGGCUCUUGAAGGAGAUCGGCCAUGAACAGACUUGUGCGACACCUCUGUUCAGUGAUAGCAAGGGAGCCAUUGCCAUGGCACGCAAUGCAGUUCUUCAUGGGUUGAACAAGCACAUGAGGAUCAAGUGGCAUUGGCUGCGGAAGGAGGUGAAGCUUGGGACACUGGAUCCGAUCUACGUGAAAACUCAGCAACAGCCAGCCGACUUCCUUACCAAGCGGCUAGCUGAAGAGCCACACUGGCGCUGUGCGAGGAUGGCGGGAAUGUCCUUGAACUAGAGACGGCGAAACAAGCCGACAGUC